GUGACUGCUGCCUGCGCUGUAAGUGUACACUGGGAGUACAAUGUGGCUCAUAAAGUUGAGAUUGUUUGACGGACUGACAGAAGUGUUUAGUGAGCAGACGAACACAGAUAACCUGCUGACACAGACUGCACAGAUAAAUCUAAGGACAAGUAAAGAACGUAUAUCCACUGACAAGUAUCGUUUGUUUUUCCCUCUGCAAACACGGGCUGCUUAACGAGUAAAUUAUUAGUAAAUAUCGCGGAAUUUCCGGUCGGGUAAUACGGAAGAAGAUUUUUCCUGCUCCGUUGGGCGACGUGGCCACCUGGAGCAGCGAGAUGGCAACGGAGGAGUUCGGAGCUGCUGGCAGCAAUGGACUCGGGCAAGUUUCUGAAAACAACAACACAGAGUUCCCCGCUGCGGGAAGUGAAAAUGAAGAAGCGCCUGAGAAGGAUGAGGAUCAGAAAGAGUGGAACAUGGAAAAGAACUGGGGAUUCUCUUUAGAGGAAAUAUUCGGGCUGGCGCUUAAAUUUUUUAAAGAAAUGAAUGGAAAGGCUUUCAACCCAACAUAUGAAGAAAACCUGCGGUUGGUUGCACUUCAUAAGCAGAUCUCACUUGGCCCAUAUAACCCUAAUGCUUGCCCAGAAGUUGGGUUCUUUGAUGUACUGGGAAAUGACCGAAGGAAAGAAUGGGCACGACUGGGCAGCAUGGCCAAAGAGGAUGCCAUGGAGGAUUUUGUGAAGCUUCUGAACUCCUGCUGUAGUCUGUUUUCACCAUAUGUCACCUCUCACAAGAUUGAGAAAGAAGAACAAGAGAGAAGAUUAAGAGAAGAGGAGGAACGUCUCAGGGCAGAAAGAGAGGAGCAGGAGCGACAGAAACAAGAGGAAGAACAGCGUCAAAGAGAGGAGGAAGAGAGAAGGAAGCAGGAGGAGGAAGAGAGAAGGAAACAGGAAGCAGAUCGGUUAAUAAUGGUGGAACAGAAGCAACAGAUCAUGGCUGCUCUGAAUGCACAGACAGCCGUGCAAUUCCAACAGUAUGCACAGCGGCAGUUCCCUGACAGUCCAGAACAGCAGCAGUUGCUCAUUCAACAGCUUCAGGAGCAGCACUUUCAACAGUACAUCCAACAGGCCUACCAAGUUCAGCAGAAGGCUUUGCAGAGACAGCAGGACUCAGCCAUACGUCAGACUGCUCAGCUACCACCUCCUCAUUCAAAUGACCCUGCAUCAGUCAAAAAUACCAGCAGCCAGUCAGAUUCUUCACAGAGUCAAGAGCAUGAGGCAAACCCAAAACCAUGUCACUUAUUCAUAGAUGGCAAACCAGGAGAUGUGGCCAUCCUGGCUCCCUCCAUGUGGACAAGGCCUCAGAUAAAGGAAUUUAAGGAGAAGAUGGUGCAGGAUGCAGAAUCUGUGAUCACUGUGGGGAGAGGGGAGGUGCUGACUGUGCGGGUGCCCACUCACGAAGAUGGCACUUACCUCUUCUGGGAAUUUGCUACAGACUACUACGAUAUUGGCUUUGGCUUAUACUUUGAGUGGCCCAACACAGCAAAUGGAACAAGUACUGAGAAAACAGGGGAACUUGUUUCUGAAAACCAAGAGACAGGCCAGACUGAAGAAGAGAAAGGAAAUUCAGAGAGCCAAACAGGAAGCAGCCUCCCUCAUGUGAACGAAGUGGUCCCCGUCUUUCGUCGGGACAGCCAUGAGGAAGUGUACGCAGGCAGUCACCAGUACCCAGGCCACGGAGUUUACCUACUCAAAUUCGACAAUUCAUACUCACUCUGGAGAUCAAAGGUUGUGUAUUACAGAGUCUACUACACAAGAUAGACUUUGCAAAGACACGCCAAAUCUCACAAAGCCUGGGUGCUGAACUCUUGGCACACAAAUCUGCCUUUGAAUCUGCUGUGUUUGGCUCUGAGUCAUUGCAAUAAGUAUAGCUAGUUCUAAAUGAGCUGAUGAGGAGGUUUAAUUUUAGUAAAUGUUUUAAACACUACAGUGUAGUGUGCAGCUACUCAGAACAGUUCUUUUCUAACUAAUGAAAAGCAGGGCAGGCACAGGGUUAGGAGCCAAGCUCUGCCCUGCUUAGUUUUCUAAAGGAUAAAUAAAUUCUGCUCUGUAUGUUGCUAGUGUAGUUUUGAAAGUUUAUCUUAACGCUGACAGUUUUUCUACGCAAUGAAAAUGAUCCAUGCAGUGGAACUAAGGCAUUCUUUAAUGGUCUUGAUUCAUCUAAUUGAUUUAUUAAUGAAAGAAGUGAUUAUGUAAGUAGAUUUGUAAAUGGUGUGUUUGUGAUAAGAACUUAAGAAAUUCAGUGCUGUAGCAGAUGAGUUCUAGACACCAUUAUUAAAAGAAUCAUUUUAAUAUUUAAAUAUUUAACUGCCAUGUGCAGCAAAGUAGAAAGCAAAGAACACAGCAUCUUCCUGAGUGUGCCUUGGAUUUACUAGAGGGUUAUCUGUAUACGAUACCACUAAAGUAGAUAUACUUGGAACACACUGCCUUGUUUUGACGCUUAUCUUACAUUCUUCCUGGAUGUUGUUUACUUACUGGAGGUCACUGAAGCAUGUGGAUCUGUGAAAUUUAAUGAAGAUUUAAUGAAGGAUGAUUUGUGGGCAGGGGGUUGUUGAAUUAUAAGUCUUAUGCAAGUUCAUUUUAUAUAUAUAUAUAUAUAUAUAUAUAUAUAUAUAUAUAUAUAUGUAUAUGUUAACAGUACUUACAUUGUAUAUUCUUAAGAAAAAUUGUACACUGGAAAUUGAUUCAUAUUUUUGGUGCAGAAUCUUAAAUGUAUGUGGGAUUUGCUGCAAAGAUUGAUUUAUCUUUCACUUCUGAAAUAAGUGAAAGUAGUACUUAGUCAGCAACAUGGUUUGGUGUAAUGACUUUAACACUUUUAUUUAGGGAUGCACUGAUACAGGAUUUGUAUGCUGAAAUAAUAUUUUUCAUGCACGCAUCUGCUGAUAGCAAUGUUCAUACACAAACAUUAAAAAGUGUAUUUUUGUAGUGUUAAACUGCAGUAAAAUGAAUAAAACAAAUAUUUUAGAGUAGAAGCAGACUGUCACAUAAACUUUGUGUUCUUAGAGUACUAUAAAUACAUCUUUAAGUAUCAGUGAAAGUUAUUCUGAUCUGUCUGAUGCUAAUAAGCAAUUAUCUACAAAGACCAAUAUGCUUCUGAUGUCAUCAUGCAUCCCUACUCUUAUUAUUUGUUCACAAUAGAAUGUAAAAAGCAUGACAUUAAUUGGAAAGGAUGAUUAUCUUAGCCCAGAAGUGUCUAAAAAGAAUCAUCUUCAUAAAACACAAAAUAACUAAAACAAAAUAAUGAACAAGAUCACAAUGUGUUUGUUAGUGACAUCACAUUUUACUGGCUUGCUGCUAGUCAGAUGUUUGGCCACAUGGGUUACCAACAUUUUAUAGAAAAUGUGUGAUUGGUUGAAUUUACUGUAUAUAUGAAGGCAUAUGGCUCUGACAAAUACUAGUUAAGUAAUGCUUACACUGACACAUAUUAGGCCUAUUGGAUUGGCUAGACUUAUAUUCCCUAACUUUCUUGUGGUUUGAAGAAAGGUUUGGGGGGGUUUGGUUUUGGUUUUUCUUUUUUGGGAUGAUAUUCUGUACAAAGUACUGUAAUUUUCCUUUUUUGUACCUGGAUUAUUUAAAUUACUGUAAUUAAUUUGUUAAAGCUUUAGCUUUGGCUAACUUGGAGAGGGUCCUGAAAAAAAAGCAGAAUAGUGAUUUAGUGUUGCUCAUGUAAAAUAUUUAAAUGUGCCCAUGAAUUCUGCACAUGCUGACCUGUAGAGUUUUCUCUUGUAGAGAAAUCCUUUUGACUACUGCUGCUCUGCUACUCAGAAUACCAGUGAAGACUGUACGCUAUAAGUUGAAUUAAAUGGCAUUAUAUCAGA